CAAGCUCCAAGCUUUAUGUCCAUGGCAGCUAAGAAAGCGUUGGCGUCAUUCCCCAAAGUUUUGCUUGAUGAAGUGGAGAAAUGGGGUGGGAGGAAGCAGACUGGGGUGAGCUUGAGGUACAUGACCAAGUUUGGUUCUCAACCUACAAGCAGAAACUUGGUCUUUUCUGCUCAAUUCCUCCACAAGGAACUUCCAAUUAGGAUUGCCAGGAGAACCCUUGAGCUCCAGAGCUUGCCCUUUGGCUUGUCCCAGAAGCCUGCUGUCCUCAAGGUUCGAGACUGGUAUUUGGAGUCAUUCCAUGACAUCCGAUCCUUUCCUGAGGUCAAGGAUACUAAUGAUGAGUUGGGUUUUACGAACAUGAUCAAGAUGAUUAAAGUGAGGCAUAACAAUGUGGUCCCUAUGAUGGCUUUGGGUGUUCAACAGCUGAAGAACGACAUUUAUCCAAAAGCUCGAAAGCUUGAUGAGAUCCAUCAGUUUCUGGAUAGGUUUUACAUGUCAAGAAUUGGAAUUCGUAUGCUUAUUGGGCAGCAUGUGGCGCUGCAUGAUCACAAUCCACAACCUGAUUGUGUAGGCUGUAUACAUACUAAGGUGUCCCCUAUGGAUGUUGCACGGAAUGCCAGUGAGGAUGCCCGUGCUAUUUGUUUACGAGAGUAUGGGAGUGCUCCUGAUGUUAACAUAUAUGGGGACCAAUGUUUUACUUUCCCUUAUGUUCCAACACACUUGCACCAGAUGGUAUUUGAGCUGGUUAAGAAUUCCUUGCGUGCUGUCCAAGAGCGGUUCAUGGACUCAGAUGACAUUGCACCUCCAGUUCGAAUCAUUGUUGCAGAUGGACUAGAGGAUGUUACAAUUAAGAUCUCAGAUGAAGGGGGUGGCAUCCCAAGAAGUGGCCUUCCCAAAAUUUUUACGUAUCUUUACAGUACUGCAAGAAAUCCAUUAGAUGAGAACUUAGACCUUGCAUCAGCUGAUAGAGUGACAAUGGCUGGAUAUGGAUGUGGGCUUCCAAUAAGCCGUCUAUAUGCUCGGUAUUUUGGAGGAGAUCUGCAAAUUAUUUCCAUGGAAGGAUAUGGUGAGUUCAACAUCUUAUCUGUUAGAGUAAAUCCAACAAGCUUUCUCCCUGCUGAUAAAAUCCAAAAACUUCUAGAUUCAUUUCUGGAAUAAAAUUAAGCUCAUUCUCCUCCUAUAACCUGAAUUUCUGAACAAAUGCACUGGUUAAUACAUUUACUUGCUACCUGAAUCAUUUUUUCUUCCCUAUUGUUUCAGCCACAUUACCAAGUCAACUUAUCAUUUAUUCUCUCAAUCAUUUAACUAUUUGAGCUGUUAACACUUGUAACUAAACCUUCUUGCUUCACUUAAAGUUCUUUGCUGGUUUAUUGAAAAAAGGGCAAGGAGGAAAUCGGGUGGUUCAUGGGUCAGAGUUGUUUGUUGCAAGGAUUAAAGCAUGUGUCCCAACAAAAACACUUGUGAAACACCUGAUUCUGGGUUUAUUUUAUUUUAAAUAGCAUUUUCAGAAAGUUUAUUUUGUUUUUGUGUUGGAUAGAGGAUACUUUUAUGCUUUCAAGAAACCACAUCAUUUCAAGUUUUGCUGAUAUGCACGGUUCCUAGUGACAACUCCCAAUUCCAUCUGACUGAGCUUUACCAACCAAAUUUGUGCCUAACAUUUGAACUCAUGAUCUGCAUAUACAGGGACUGAUGCUUACCUUCAUUUGUCACGCCUGGGAGACUCAGAGGAGCCCCUGCCAUAGUUGGGGUGCCCCAAGUCUGUUCCUCAGACAGCAUAUACUAGGAGUCAAGAAAUAUGAUGCCAAGACUUGUACAUUCUGAAUAGAGAAAAUGUAUGACACUCAAAUUCUCAUAACCCUUCACUUUGAUAGUCUUUCUCAUCAAUUUUCUUUGUCAUAUGGUGACGGGUAAAUGAUAUCAAACCUUACCCAUUUGUGCAAAGAGCACAGUUUUGAAGUAAUAUUUCCUUCUAGUCA